AUGGGUUGCUCAGUGUGUGGUUUAAAUGGACACAAUGCCACUACAUGUCCAAGAAAUGGUACUGUUCAAUGUAAAGAGCUAUACCUUUCUCAUGUCGUUCAAUAUGAGUUUGCAGAUCAUAAUACAGUCUGA